AACAACUAAUGGCAGUGUCGUAACCGUUUACAUAGACAUUAUUCUUACCAUGGAUGGCAUGUAUGCGAUCAAUUGUGGUGGAUGAGCGUCGCGUGUUUUUUCAGCACAGGGGUUUUAACGUGUGACCGCAAUGUACAUCAGGCAAGCAGGGUCGUGAGUCGAGAUCCCCCUGGGGGCGAAUUGGUCGGAUUUGAACCUGUUCCAAAACUGACGCGGGGGAGGUUCUGGCACGGAAGGUUGAGGCGUUGUGUAGUUCACGACCGUGUCCUUCGCACAGCAAUGGCACUGGUUGUCUCCACUCGAUGCGGCGCAUUGUUGUGAUACGAUCGCGUUACGGCCGUAUGUCGGGGACCAUGCCGACGGUUCUAGAUGGCCACGAUUCUCACCACGUCCCGUGUUGAUUUUCAUAGAAAACAGAAGACUGUCCAUCAGUCUACUCAACACGACCGCGCUGGCAAUGUAUCUCUUCAACAUC